AUGCUCAUCAAGCAGUGGAUUUAUGGUUGAUGAUGAAUGACGUUCGUGUUGGAGCUGAAUAACGAGAUGGCAUCACGCGGCACGUCACGUCACUGAACGGACUCUGUGUGCUGUGCUCGCAUAUUGCGUCAUCGGAAUAGGAAAACAGCUAACCUUUUAUAAUUUAUCGCUGAGUGUUUGGUAAACGUUUGACUAAGGUGCUAGGUUGUCCGUUAAGUGCCGAAUAGCAGCCCAACUUUACAACACAAUUAAAUUAAAAUCCCGCAUGUUAAUCUAUGCAUUUUAACGAAUUAUAAUGUUCAUUUAUAGACGGACAGACGGACACACAGACGGACAGAGUUAAUGCCUUAACGCUUUCAACCUUGGCUGUAAAGCGUCAAACAUCAUCGCAGAGGCGACCAUGUCCGUGAGUUUACUGACUUUCCCUCCCGUUGCCGUCCCAUUCGAUCACCCCUCCCCCUACGCCCAGCACAGCGGCUGAAAUGCUGGACAGCGCCCACCGCUCCGAAUGGAAACUCCUCUCAGUUGACAGCAGCCCUGCGCUCCAGACUCGUCCACCAAGCCACGGCUGAGCCGAUAGACAAGCGCAGUGAACGGAGAUGUUGCGAAUGCAGUUGCGUGCAAAAGAUUAUCGCCUAACCGUACGAGUGCCUUGCUUUGUCUAGCGCCCUCCGGGAGCGCUAACCUGAGAGCGAAUAUACAAAAGGUUCGUGAUCCAUUAGACGCGGUCCCGAGGCGCGUGUUUCUGUUGCUCUUUUGCUCGAACGCUUCGCAUUUUCAUUAACACCGCGAGCGGAGAGCCCACGGCUUCGGCGAGUAACGCGGAGGACGCUGCUACCCUCCGGGCUAUUCUUCAUCUACAUGCAUUGAAGAAGCACAAGAAAAGUUGUUGCGGUGUUGCGUUUUAUUUUUGAUUGUCAGAUCACGUUGAAGUGACUCGGUUCGCCUUUAACCAUGGGGGAAUGGACCAUACUGGAGAGGCUGUUGGAGGCUGCUGUCCAGCAGCAUUCUACCAUGAUCGGCAGGAUUCUGCUCACGGUCGUGGUCAUCUUCAGAAUUCUGAUCGUUGCAAUAGUCGGGGAGACCGUGUACGAGGACGAACAGAGCAUGUUCGUGUGCAAUACCCUUCAGCCUGGCUGCGUCCAGGCGUGCUACGACAAGGCAUUUCCCAUCUCCCACAUCAGAUACUGGGUGUUCCAGAUCAUCAUGGUGUGCACGCCGAGCCUCUGCUUCAUCACGUACUCCGUGCACCAGUCGGCGAAACAACGCGAACGGCGCUGCUCCGUUCUGCAGCUCCUCCUGGACAAGGAAAUCGUGGAUUCGCCCACGAGGGACGACUCCUCGAAGAAGAAGAGCGCGAUGGUGAACGGCAUUUUGCUACAAAACAACGAGAAUUCGUCAAAGGAGCCCGACGGAAUGGAGCUGAAAGAACUUCAGCCACCUCUGUACAGGACUGGGAAGUCCAAAGCCAAGCGCCAGGAAGGGAUAUCUCGAUUUUACAUCAUUCAGGUCGUGUUCAGGAACGCCUUGGAGAUAGGCUUUCUCGUGGGCCAAUACUUUCUCUACGGGUUCACCGUGACGCCUACGUUCGAGUGCGACAGAUACCCCUGCGUCAAAGAAGUCGAGUGCUACGUGUCCAGGCCAACGGAAAAGACCGUCUUCCUUGUGUUCAUGUUUGCCGUCAGUGGACUAUGCGUUGCCCUGAACCUGGCCGAACUCAAUCACCUCGGCUGGAGAAAGAUCAAGCUUGCAGUCCGAGGCGUUCAGGCAAGACGGAAGUCUAUCAUUGAGAUCAGGUCUCAUGGAAGUUCUGUGCCAAACUUUGGUCGUACCCACUCAAGCGAGUCAGCCUACGUGUGAAAAAAUAUAAACUCUGCAAAAAAAAUCGAAUCACGUUUUGUUACCGAACAAUUACAAUUGAAAUGUUUUGUUAACUGAAUUAUGAACAAUUACAUGCAUUGCAUUUUUUUCUGUUCUUGCUAGAUGAUUAUCAUGCUUCUUUUAAAAGCUUGAGCUUCAAAAUUGGUUGCUUACUAUGAUACAAAGUGACCACAUCGUGUAUGCAUCUGAAUGGCAUUAACUGUGUACCAUAUUGAAUCGUUAAGCUGGUAAGGAAUGGAAUAUUUUUGUUUCGGAAAUGGAUUAAUUGCUUGUGUCCAUAUGUGCAUUUAGUGACGUGGCUGAGUUGUAUAAGAAAAGCCGACACCGUCUAUAGCGCUAACUGCCAAAUCCAUAUGCGUGUUCAGCACAGAAGCACACAUUGUUUAAAAUGUACGGCUUGUUAAAUGUUGCUAACACAAUAAUUAUAUAAGGAGAGCAAACUCAAUACUUUAAGUAACGUAUAAUGCAGCACAUUUAAGCAAGUAUCAUCACACUAGAAAUCGGAGAUAAAAUUUAAUGCAAUACAUAUUUUAGGACGUAACAAAACCAGCUACGUCACUGUAAACGAUGGUUUACUUUCGUUUUUGCAAGAUGUGUGUGUGUACAAUGUGAGCAUUUCCAAAUUGCGUUCUCUUUUUACUUGACUUACAGCUAGACAUGCAAAAAUUCCUUUGUGAUGCCCCAUUUGUAUAACUUAAUAAAACAGUUUUUAAAAGCAUGCUUAAAGCAGUAGUGCUAUUUUACAUCGAGCAGAAAAAAAUAUAUAUAUAUAAAACCACGAGCUAUGGCCGUGAGACGGUUUCUUGAACCUUGCAUAUACUGGAAAUAUCCAGCAGGAAAAUCUAUGGGGUCAAAGUGACCUUCGAAGAUUUAUGUCCGUCGUUCAGUGCCACCACGGAACAUGAACUGCUCGGGAGUUAAACCGAUUAAUACGAUAGCAGCCUUCCUGACCCAAGGAAAGUGUCGUGGAGAUGCUUGUGGACUUCUGCUGACCUCAGUUGGUCCUAAGCCAGUGGCACAAGGGCACGCCAGGGGGAUGAUUGAGGGAGGUGUGUGGUUCCAUAAUCUGACACGGUGCGUGCGAGCAUCGGCACAGAGAAUGCUCCCGUUUAAAAAACGAAGGUCUCUCCGUCAACGCGACGUUUAUCCCCCGUCGUAAAAGAGCAGAAAACAACGUUUGAAAUUGUUCUCUCUGCAUGGAAAGUUGAAUUUUUUUCUCUAUUUGCAUAAUAGUUUUUCUUUGUCACAAUCAGUUCAUGUCUCGAUAUGCUCCUUUGUUUGAGCCAAUGGGUGCUCCAUUGUACAGCUGCCGUGAAGCAAACAUCGCAUUUCAGCGCGAGGAGGCACCAGUGCAGCAGCAUCAGCAGCAAUGCUGUCCGUGUGGUUUUACACUAAUUUCUUGUUAAAACAAAACAUCUGCUCAAUUCACCAAGUUACAGGCACUAGUUAAUUAGUCUAAUUAUCACCAUAGGCAUGGAUGGUUGUAAAGGGGCUUAAUAUUCAUAUAGAGUUGUGUGCCGAUGUCAUUAAUGAGAUGGUGCUAUUACGUUUGAUUAAUUCCAUUCGCAGCAUGUCCAAUUAGUUCGGGUAGUGUAUUAAUGUGUGCGACACCACGCAGGUGAUGGUUAUGCCCACGUAAAGGUUUAUUCUCACCACCAAACCAGGUUUCAUUUUUGCCUUAACGAGGGACAAUGUAUUUUAUUUUUAAGUCAACUGUAAUGGAUACAAAUUGUGCAUGCUCUGUUUGGUGCACGCAUUACAAUGCACAGUAAUUCGGUGAGCUUUUGCAACAUCAGUUACAAGGAGGAAUGCAUCUAAGAAAAAUGCGUAUUACAGUCAUGACUUAAUGGUGUCUUGAUUACAGCAAAUAUCUGUGCAGGGCAUCACAGUCAGGUGCUACGUUCUUCUCUACCGGUUUAAAUUGUAUUUUUUUUUUUACCAGACCGGUUAGAACUACCAUACGUGUACAUUUAAGUACCAGAAUCAAAUGAAUGCUAUAAUGGCUCGUUCACUUAUUGCGAUUCAACUGCAAGGUGAUUUUUUACAGUCUUAAUGACGUUACAAAUGUAAAAAAAAGUGUUCACACUAAAGCAAGAAUAAAGUUAGUAUUCAGGACAAAGUUAGGGUUCUCUUCUCUGAAUACACCACCUCGCUUUGACGGGUUAAGCACGCGCGCCCGCACACACACACGUCAAUGUGUGUGCGUGUGUGUUUGACACAAAUUUCAAAAUAAGAGAGCAAUGUUUUCAAUACAGAAAGUAUUUUCAAUACCAUCGAAAUAUAACAAUAAAUUAAAGUGUAUAUAAAUACAAACUAGCAGAUUCGGUAAUUGAAAAAGCCACGCAUUUGUGAUAUUUAUGUAAACUAUUGUAUACAUGGUUGUUGAAACAAACACAAUUUGUAUUUUGUUUAUGUACAUAUGCAUCUAUGUAUAUCAUUGAAUAUCACAAGAGUCGUGGUCAAAGGGUAUAAAACAUUGUAUAGUACACCAACCCACUGUUAAAGAGAGAACAUGAAUGUUCACGCGACAUUUAAACAAGCCAUACCGCAGAAUUUGUGUAAUGAUGGUAGGGUGGGGGCAGUAAGGCAACACAUCACAUUAUGAAUGGAAAAUAAAGUGAUACAUGCGAGUUUGUGUACGUUUACAAUUCAAUUAUCAAGACCUUUUGACCACCUUCUUGUGCAUAUAAUUUUAUUCAGCACGUACACACACGCGCACUCUUACACACAAGCACAUGUCAAUCACUUUAAAUGCUUACCCCUAGCUCUCAUACUCUGAUGGUGCAUUGUCUUUGAGUUGUGCGCCUUUUGGCGUCAUCUGGUCCAAUCCAUGUGAGACUAGGCUCUAAGGAAAGCUGUCUCGGGUGUGGACCAAUCAACUUCAAGGACAGUGCACAUUAUCAGAGUUAUGUUUUUUGUUUGCAUUAUGACUGCAGGUAUUGUAGUCUAUGUAAACAUGACUCCUUGUAAAAAAAAAGGUGUCAGUUUUGUUGCCAGAUAGAAGGGUAAAAAAACAAUUAUCAUGUCAAUCACUUG